AUGGCUGAAAGCGCUGGAGGAAUUGAUCGAAAGGCCGAUGAGAGGAUGGAAUUUUCCACCUCCAAGGAGGUUACGGUCCAUCCUACUUUCGAAUCGAUGUCGCUGAAGGAGAACUUGCUUCGUGGAAUCUACGCUUACGGAUACGAGUCGCCAUCUGCUGUUCAGUCUCGAGCGAUCGUUCAGGUCUGCAAGGGUCGCGACACCAUUGCCCAGGCGCAGUCUGGUACCGGAAAGACAGCUACCUUUUCCAUCAGUAUGCUGCAGGUCAUCGAUACCGCGGUGCGAGAGACACAGGCUCUGGUCCUGUCACCGACACGAGAAUUGGCUACUCAGAUUCAAUCCGUUGUCAUGGCUCUGGGCGACUACAUGAACGUGCAAUGUCACGCUUGUAUUGGAGGCACAAACGUUGGAGAGGAUAUCCGCAAGCUCGACUACGGUCAACACAUUGUCUCAGGCACCCCCGGCCGUGUGGCCGACAUGAUUCGACGACGACACUUGCGCACCAGACACAUCAAGAUGCUGGUCCUCGAUGAGGCCGAUGAGCUUCUCAACAAGGGAUUCCGCGAGCAGAUCUACGAUGUUUACCGAUACCUCCCCCCUGCCACUCAAGUCGUGGUCGUCAGCGCCACCCUCCCAUACGACGUUCUCGACAUGACGACCAAAUUCAUGACUGAUCCCGUUCGCAUUCUCGUCAAGCGUGACGAACUGACCCUCGAAGGUCUCAAGCAGUACUUCAUCGCCGUGGAGAAGGAGGACUGGAAAUUCGACACGCUAUGCGAUCUCUACGACACCCUCACCAUCACGCAAGCCGUCAUCUUCUGCAACACCCGACGCAAGGUCGACUGGCUCACCGACAAGAUGCGCGAGGCGAACUUUACAGUCAGCAGCAUGCACGGCGACAUGCCCCAGAAGGAACGAGACAGCAUCAUGCAGGAUUUUCGACAGGGUAACAGCCGUGUUCUCAUCUCGACCGAUGUGUGGGCUCGUGGUAUCGACGUUCAGCAGGUCAGUUUAGUUAUCAACUACGACCUUCCGAGUAACCGAGAGAACUACAUCCACCGCAUCGGUCGAAGUGGUCGGUUUGGUCGCAAGGGUGUCGCUAUCAACUUUGUUACUACCGAAGAUGUGCGCAUCCUGAGAGACAUUGAGUUGUACUACUCUACCCAGAUCGACGAAAUGCCCAUGAACGUUGCCGACCUCAUCGCAUAA